AUGGAAGGAAAGAAUCAAACAGCUCCAUCUGAAUUUAUCAUCUUGGGGUUCUCCAACCUGAAUGAACUUCAGUUUUUACUCUUCACCAUCUUCUUUCUGACUUACAUAUGCACUUUAGGAGGGAAUGUUUUUAUCAUCUUGGUGACCAUGGCUGAUUCCCACCUACAUACACCCAUGUAUUAUUUCCUAGGAAACCUCGCUUUUAUUGAUAUCUGCUACACCACUACUAACGUCCCCCAAAUGAUGGUGCACCUUUUGUCAGAGAAGAAAACCAUUUCCUACGGAGGCUGUGUGGUCCAACUCUUUGCAUUCAUUUUCUUUGUAGGCUCAGAGUGUCUACUCCUGGCAGCAAUGGCAUAUGACCGAUACAUUGCUAUCUGCAAACCUUUAAGGUAUUCAUUUAUCAUGAACAAGGCCCUGUGCAGCUGGUUAUCAGCCUCGUGCUGGACAGGUGGGUUUCUCAACUCAGUGGUGCACACAGUUCUGACCUUCCACCUGCCCUUCUGUGGUAACAAUAGGAUCAAUUAUUUCUUCUGUGACAUACCCCCUUUGCUGAUCUUGUCUUGUGGGGAUACUUCCAUCAAUGAACUGGCUUUGUUGUCCAUUGGGAUCUUCAUAGGUUGGACUCCUUUCCUGUGCAUCAUCCUUUCCUACCUUCACAUUAUCUCAACCAUCCUGAGGAUCCGCUCCUCUGAGGGGAGGCACAAAGCCUUUUCCACCUGUGCCUCCCACCUGCUUAUUGUUCUUCUCUAUUACGGCAGUGCCAUCUUCACGUAUGUGCGGCCCAUCUCAUCUUAUUCACUAGAGAAAGACAGAUUGAUCUCAGUGCUGUAUAGUGUCGUCACUCCCAUGCUGAAUCCUGUAAUUUAUACACUGAGAAAUAAGGACAUCAAAGAGGCUGUGAAGACCAUAGGGAGAAAAUGGCAGCCACCAGUUUUCUCUUCUGAUAUGUAA